AUGAAUAUUUACCAAGAUGAAUAUCAAUCAUCAUUAAAAAGAGUGUGUUUAGAUGUUUUGGUUUGUAGUGAAAAAAACUAAUAAUAUGAGGGUUUUCAACAAAAUUGUAAAAGGCAAGUGAUUGAGCAAAUUAAUUUCAAAAUCAAAUUUACUAGAGAUAAUGAAAUUUAAUACAUUAAAGAUGAUGGGUAAAUAAUAAAAACGUAAUUAUUUUUUGAUAUAUCUCUUUGUAGAAAUAAAUAUAUUGAGAUUCUAAGUAUUCCAGAGAUAAUGACUAAUUUGGAAUAAAUCAAUCAUCUAUAAUGGUUAGGGGUCUACAGUAAUGAUUUUAAGAAGGUUGGAAGAUGGAGUCCAAUUUGGAAAGGUUCAGCAUUAAGCGAUUUUGGUGGAUGGUACACACAGGAUGGUAAAAAGUUCGGGAAAUGGAAAGAAUUAUUCAAAACUUUUUCAGAGUAAUUUAGGGUUUUAGUGUAGUAAUGCUUAAGUAUAUGAAGUUGGAGAUUACUAUGAUGAUAUAAAAACAGGAGAUUGGAAAUUUUUCUAUGAAGAAAAAUAAAUGUAAUUAGGAUUUAUAAUUUUAGCGGAGGUGGCUAAUAUGAUGAUUAAGGAUUAAAAUAUGGGCUUUGGGUAGAUUUAAGCGAUUAUUUUUGGAAGUAUUUUAAUAAUAUAAAAACUAAUAGUUAAAAUUAAAUCCUUUAUAAAGGGUAUUAUAGAAAAGGUUAAAAAAUUGGUCUAUGGUAAAUUAUUAAGAAUGGAAAUAAUGAAGAAUUUGAAUUAAUGUAUGAAUAAGUCGAUAUUAUCCUUUAUAGUGGUGGGGGGUUGUAUAAUGAAUAAGGUUAGAAAAAUGGAAAAUGGGAAGAUUUGGGUUAAGAUUUUAAUUAGUUAUUUAAAUAAAUUUAUAUUAAUUAUAGAUGUGAUAAGGUGUUUUACGAAGGUGAAUAUCUAAACGGUAUAAAAAUUGGAAGAUGGAAUAUCAAAUAUAGAGAGAUAAAAGGUGAUGAAUAGAUGUAUAUAAAUUGAAAUUCAAAUGGUAGUGCUGGUGGAUAUUAUAAUGAUAAAGGUCAGAAGGAAGGUUAAUGGUAGGAUUUAUUCACUAACUUCCAAAAGUAAUAAUAAUAAUUUUAAUUCAAUAAUAAGGGAUAGUAAAGUUUUCUUUAAAGGUGGAUAUAAUUAGAAUGGUGAGAGAGUUGGUAGAUGGGAGAUUAUUUUUAAGGAUUAAAAGAUGUAUUUCAUUAUUUACAUAAUAAUCAAAGUGGUGGAGGAAUAUUUGAUAGAUAAGGUUUCAAAGUUGGACAUUGGGUUGAAUUGAGUGAUAGAUUUUAAGAGUAUUUAUCCAUAUUAUUUUUAACAUAGUAAGAGUUAAAUCAUUUAUCAUGGAGAAUAUAUAUAAGGCAAAAGGUUUGGUAGAUGGGAUAUUAGUUUUAAAAAGGAAUGGCAGGAAAAGCCUGAAUGGAUGUUUGAAAUAAUUAUAAUUAUCAUUUUAGUGGUGGAGGAAUAUUCACUGAAUAAGGUCAAAAAGAUGGAAGAUGGACUGAGAUUUGUGAUUAAUUUGAUAAGUAUUUUACAUUUUUAGGCUUCUUAGUGAAAAUUAAUUCAUUUUUGAAGGUUACUAUAAAAAUGGAAAGAAACAAGGUUUAUGGGAUCUUUAUGACAAUAAUGAAUGGAUGUAAAAUAUAUAGUUUAUAAAUUAGCUAUAUUGGAGGAGGAGUUUAUGAUAAUGAAAAUUUAAAAAAUGGAAAAUGGAUAGAUUAUAAUUUUAAUUUUGGAUAGUAAUCAUCUUUAAAUAAUAAAGUCUUAGUAAUUAAGCUAGUUUUGAAGGUGUUUAUUAAAAUGGCAAAAAAAUUGAUAGAUGGGAUAUUAAAUAUAAAGAGAUGUGGAGUGAUACUAAUCAAAAAAUGUUUAUAAUUUAAAUUAUUAAUAAAUAGUGGUGGAGGAUUAUAUAAUAAGGAUUCUUAAAAAUGUGGAUUAUGGAUAGAUUUGAUUGAUAACUUCAAGGAGUAUUUUAUUUAUGAAAUAUUUAGUGAUAAUUAGAUUAUUUAAUAAGGUGAAUAUCUUAAUGGUAUAAAAAUUGGUAAAUGGGACAUCAAUUAAAUAAUUGAUUAUAUAGGGAAUACAUUUAAUAGAAUGUAUAAAAUUAUGGUGAUUAGUAAAAUUUUAGAGGAGGAGGAUAAUAUGAUCAAUAUGGGCAUAAAUAAGGAUAAUGGGUCUAACUUUGGAGAAAAUUCUCUCGGUAUUUUUAAUAAUAAUUAAUAAUAAGAAAUUGCCCGGUCAUUUUUUCAGGCUAAUUUACAUAAAACAAAAAAAUUGGUAAUUGGUUAAUUAAUUAUAGAAAUGAAUAAAUGUAAAAUAUCAAAUUAAUAAAAGCGGAGGAGGAUUUUAUGAUGAAUUUAGCUAAAAAAAUGGUCACUGGAUAGAAUUGAGCGAUUUUUUCAAAAAGUAUUUCUUCGAAUUACCAAGCAGAGAUUGUAAAAUUUUAAGUUCUGGAAAUUAUUAAUAUGGCCAAAAAGUUGGAAAAUGGAAUUUCAAUUAUAAAGGUUGGGGAAAAAACAAAUAUAAAAAGAUGUAAAAUACUUAAUAUUCAUUAUUUUAAUUAUAGAGGUGGUGGUUUAUUUUCAUAAUUAGGAUUAAAAGAAGGCAAAUGGAAAGUUGUGAGUGAGAAUUUUCGAGAGUAAAAUAUUUACUAUUUUAAUCCAGGGAUAGUAAAGUUAUCUAUAAAGGAGAAUAUAAAAACGGUAGAAAAUAUGGGAGAUGGGAAAUUAAAUAUAGAGGAAGAUAAGACAAAUAUUAUUAAGAAAUGUAUGAGAAAUAUACAUAUAUUUUUAUUAGUGGUAACGGAUUAUUUAAUGAAGAAGGUUAGAAGAAUGGUUUAUGGGUUGUUUUGAGUGAUAGUUUUUGUGAGUAAGAUAUUAUAUAAAUUAAGUUUAAAUUAAAUCUUAUAUUCAGGAGAAUAUGAUAAUGGCAGGAAAGUAGGAAAAUGGAUUGAAGAUCAAGCGUAGAAAUCAUGA